AUGGCUUCCUCCUACAGCUUCUCAUCAUCCCUCAAUCGAUCAAGCAAGAAAUCAACAAUGAACGAUCCAAAAACUUGUGAUUGUGGGUUCCCUGCACGUAUUCUAACGUCAACAACACCAAAGAAUCCAGGGAGGCAUUUUAUGGUGUGCAAUGAGUUGGAUGUAGAACCUGUACAAAUGCCUCUAAUGGAAGUGGACGGAAUGAAAGCUGAAUUAGUAGCAUUGAAGACCGAAGUUGAGAAGGUGAAGGAAGACAUCGAACAAAUGAAGAAGGAAAAGUACUCUGAUGUCAUUGCAAUGAAGGAAAAAAUAUAUAUAAGUUUACCAUAG